UUUUUUUCCACCUUUCCCAAAAUUCUGUGUAAUUCCCAACUUUUCUUUUCCAGCUUUUUUGGGAAAAAAGACUCCAAGGCCUCAGCGCUUCCGACGUCAGCGAGCACAGCAUCAAAUCCAUGGAGCUUCCCAAAGGCCUGCAAGGUGUAGGACCUGGAAGCACGGCCGAGACGCUGCUGUGGGCGGUGGCCAGCGCCUUGCACGCGGGCAACGCCCCCAUCACCGGUCAAUUGACGGCGGCGGCCGAGAAGAACCCGGCCGUUUGGCUCAACACCUGCCAGCCCCUCUGCAGGGCCUUCGUGGUGACUGAUGAGGAUAUCAGGAAACAGGAGGAGAGGGUACAAGAAGUGAGGAAAAAGCUGGAAGAGGCUCUGCUGGCUGACCUGGUAUCCCGAAAUUCCGAUAAUUCCAAAGAUUCCCUGGAAAACGGCUCGGAGUUUUAAAGCAGGUUAUUUUUCCAUUUCCACCUCCAGGAAGAUUUGAAUUCCCCCCAAAAAAGAAGAUUUUUUAAACCUCCAAAACCCCAAAAAAAUCCAAAUAAAUUUUAAAAUUUAAAA